AACGCUGCCUAAAGGAUAUGUACCACCUCCUCCACCUCUAAAUGAUUUGCCUCUAUCGCCGCUUAAAGGAUAUGUACCCACUCCUCCACCUCCUCAUCAUUUGUGUAUAUUGCCGCCUGAUGGAUAUGUACAGUCUCCUCCGCCUCCUGAUGAUUCGUCUCUAUUGCUGCCUGAAGAAUAUGUACUGCCUCCUCCACCUCCUAAUAAUUCUUCUUUAAUGCUGCCUAAAGGAUAUGAACCGCCUCCUCCACGACUCUGCCUCCUGAUUAUUCAUCUCUAUCGCCACCUAAAGGAUAUGUACCGCCUCCUCUACCAUUUGAUAAUUCGUCUCUAUCACUGCCUGAAGGAUAUGUACUGCCUCCUAAUGAUUUGUCCUUAUCGCUGCUUGAAGGAUAUGUACCGCUUCUCUAUGAUUCGUCUCUAUCACCGCCUGAAGGAUAUGUACUACCUACUCUACCUCUUAAUGAUUCGUCUCUAUGGCCGCCUGAAGGAUAUGUACCGCCUCCUAAUGAUUCGUCUCUAUCACUGCCUGUAGGAUAUGUACAUCCUCCUAAUGAUUUGUCUCUAUCGCCGUCCGAUAGAUAUGUACCGCCUCCUUAUGAUUCGUCUCUAUCUCAACCUGAAUGAUAAGUACCACCUCCUGAUGAUUCGUCUCUAACACUGCCAGAAGGAUAUGUACCGCCUCCUCUGCCUCCUUAUGAUUUGUCUCUAUGGCCACCUGAAGUAUUUGUACCGCCUCCUCCACCUCCUAAUGAUUCAUCUCUAUCGCCGCUUGAAGGAUACGUACUGCUUCCUCCGCCUCCUGUUGAUUCGCUUCUAUCUCUGCCUGAAGGAUAUGUACCGUCUCCUCCGCAUCUUGAUGAUUCGUUUCUAUUGCCGCCUAAAGGAUAUGUACCGCCUCCUCUGCCUCUUGAUGAUUCAUCUCUAUCACCGCCUGAAGAAUAUGUACUGCCUCCUGGUAGAUCAACAUUCCCCGAGAGGUCAUGGUGAAGGAAAGACACCAAUCGGCACCAUAGUAGGGGCCACCGUGGGUGCCAUCACAGUGAUCGCAGUGAUUGGAUCAAUCGCAGCUGUGUGGAAGCACAAGAAGAAGCCAGCAAAAGGAGAUGUUGAAAUACCAGCAGUUCUCUGCAGCUCCAACAUCAGGCUAUCAGCAAGUUUGCUUGGAUCUUCUCCCCUCUGCAGCCGCAGGACAGAGCUCCUGCAACAGCAGGUCUGCUGACUCUGCUCCUCCUUUCGACCUUCCCCCGUCUACCGCAGGUUGGCUCUUCCGCUUCACAGUUCUCCCCUCCACAUCUUCAGCCCUGCAGCGAUUUUGGGUGUUUGGUUUUGGGCGUUUAAUGUCUAUUUGUUUGAUUUAUUUUCUAUUUUGUCUGCAUCUCGUUAGCCUUAAAUAUGCUAAUUCCCCUCAACUGAAAAUGUGCUCUCUAUCUCUCUGAGGUGGAUGGUGCCAGAAGCAGAGUUUCUCCACUUGACUUGUUCUCUCUCGUUUGUGUGCUAUUUAAAUUUCAUAUUACUGGCAUUUUUUGUUUGUUUUUGCUUUCAUUUUUGUUUUCUGAAAUGUGAUUGAAGUUGAACACUACAUGGUUUUUGUUGUUUUCGUUUUUGUUUUUGCUUUUGUUCGUGUGGAGACCAGGGGAUGAGCUUUAGCCUUUAGCCAAGCUGAGACCUUACACUUGACAAAGCAAGUGCAGCAGUUCGUCGCAGCGAUAUUAAAGCUGUACAAGAAAAUGCUUAAUGAAGAUUUCUUUAACUAAUGAAGAAUUACAAAGUUGGUUUGAAAUAGCCUUCAAGAUGAUCAGGCAAAGAGACAAACGUUGGAUGGAUACCAGUGUGGGCCGAACGGGAAAGCUCAAAUUUGUCCCUCAUAUGAAGAAAAUUUGAUCCAAUGUAACAGAAAAGUUGUCUAUAAUAGGCUUAGUCUUGAUUCCUUGCAACAGAAAAUUUGUCUAUGAUUUGAUGAAGAAGAAUGAGAUAUGAAAGUUACUUUCA